CCGCCGCCGAAAAACCAUGGCUUUCUCCGCGCGGAGGAGCCUCGCCACCGGCCUCUCCCGCCACCUCACCCGCCGCCUCCACCCCUCCCUCUCCCACCUCGUCCCCUCCUCCCACCACGACAACAACCAUGAGGACCCGUCCUCCUCCUCCGCCCCCCGAUCCCAGGGCCUGGCCCUCCCGCUUCCCUUCGGCACCCACCUCGCGGCCCACCGCGGCUUCUCCACCUCCUCCCUCGGACCGCAGAUCGAUGGGAUCCUCACCGACCCCGCGGCCGGCCAGAUGGAUGUCGCCGCGGGCGUCCUCUCCGACGCCGAGGCCUCGGUCGCGCCCGCCUUCCCGUUGCCCUUCCCGGGGGAAGUGGCCGCCGCCGCCGCAGACUCGUUUCCCCCGGUCGCCGCCCUACAGUACGCCAUCGACGCCGUCCAUUCGUUCACUAGCCUCAACUUAACGGUCAAAAUAAACAGAGUUGACCGUGCCGCCACGUCACCCCUGAAGGGUGGGUCCCGCAUGUCAUAA